AUGCCGUUCUCGCAGAAGGGCUUUGACCAGCUGCGCAACCACCAAGAAUAUGUGAAGAUGCGGGAUCCUGGCGAGGAGACCUUGGUUAGCGAGGAAUUUUUAGAAGUUAUAACGUGGUUCAAGAAUAGUUUCAUCCGAUGUAACGACCGUGCUACGCUCGCAAAGACAUGA